AUGACAAUCAACGCCGCACUUAUUCGUGUCAGUGGAUCGGGCGGGAGGGCUCCCUUGCACUUUGCUGCUGAGAUCGGACUCACGGAUCUCUUGGCUGAGUUCCUCUUUGUUUGUCCAUCGUCCAUUGAAGACGUGACAGUUCAGUUGGAGACUGCAGUGCAUAUCGCUGUGAAACGGGUUCAGUUAAGAGUUCUUUUCGGGUGGCUCCUCAGGAUCAACCGGGAAGAUGUCCUGAAAUGGAAGGACAUAGAUGGCAAUACGGUCCUGCAUAUCGCAACCUUCUCAAGCCAGCUCCAGGUGGUGAAGAUGCUCGUGAAAUAUGUCGAGAACACAAAGAAUUGCGACAACAUGACCGCCCACGAGUUCACGCUCGGGAAAUACUUCAGUGCUGAUCUUUGUUUUACUGAGAAGUGGGAGAGAUUCUUGGGGUUCAGCAUCGAUAACGGAAGCACAGGAAAUGACAAUUCCGGGGGUGUGGCCCUAGCAGUAGCCAUCCUGAUCGCCACUGACACCUACAAAGCUAUUCUCAGCCCUCCCGACGAGUACUGGCAGGAAAACCAUACCGACGUUCUGAACGAUAUGAAACAAUAG